UCAAUAAUGAAUAAACGUCUGUAUCAAAGGAUCCAUGUCCUGUACGGCGCAUAACAGCUGUUGCAAAUUCGACCUCAACCAAUCCAGUUUGAAGGACUGUUUACGUAGCUUUACAAAAAACACACUCUCUGUCUAAGGAUUCAGAAAUACUUUGAAGAGUUGUUCACUUUCUGAACCACAACUGGAUGUAAAUGCGACACUACUUACUUCCAGAAUGUCUCACGGAAAUAAGGCAGUUGAUUCUGAGAUUCUGAGAUCAGGAAUUGCUCAAUUAACAGGUGCAACUGAUAUAGAUGGAAGAUGCGUUGUUACGUUUCCAGUUGCCAGUGUUAAUCUCCUGGAUUCCUUUACAGCAAAUAGACUUGCACACCUUCUAGAGUAUUACUGUAGCUUGAUGUUACCUGUUGAUCAAGUGAAGGGAUUCUCCAUUCUCAUCUGCCUACAACAUGCCACUCACCCAGGAAUCCAAAUGUGGUUGCAAGCCAUGGAGGCUGUCCAGAAGACUACGUCUGACAGCAUCGAUGUCGUCUAUUUGAUCAAACCAAAGACUAAAGAUAACUCCCGUUUGUUGAAAAAGCAGCUGGGGCUGAAAGCAAAGUAUUCUUCUGCUGUUCCUGUUCUAUUCAAGGUUGUCUGGUUGGAGAAAAUAAAAGAAGUCUACAGCUACAUUGAUCCAUCCCAAUUAACAGAAGACUACGGAGGGUUCUUGAAAUACUCUCACAAAGCUUGGUUUCUUUAUCAAAUGACUGUUGGAGAUCUGUUGACGAAAUCCCAUCAACUGGAGAAAAAAAUUCCUACAGCUAAAGACCAACUGCAACUGUUGACAGAGUAUGAUAUUAAUGGCCGAGACAGUGCGGAACUGAAGUCACUUGUUCAGCAGCUUGAAGAGAAAUUCCAUGGAAUAAUGAAGAACUUAAACAUGGAAACAAUUAUUGAUGAAUGCAAGAAUACAAUUGCCUCUAUGGAACAUCCUGAAACAGAUUCGGUUUUGUCUCAGAUCUCUUCUUCCAUUCUGGUUUCUUCAAAAGCUGAACUUCUCCGACUUCACAAUUAUUUCCUGCAGAGUAAAAAAAGCAUGUCAAGAAUUUGGGAAGUUCUAAAUGAUCAAAUCCAAAGAAUUCUUCAGAUUGAGCAAUGUCAGGAAGAUGCCACCAAGCUUUGUGAUGAAAUAAAGAGGUGUGAAGGACUGAUGGAUGAGCAUGUAAAACCUUGCAGAUCCCAGGCUGAAGUUGAAGCAUGUUUUAACCAUUUUCAAUCAUCGUUGUACACACCAGCCAAAGAAAUAAUGGAGAAGGCCACACUUGUCUUGCAGACGAUUCAGUCUCACAAAUCAGCCGACCAUCCUCAGUUUACUUCUGAGUUCCUCUCUCAGUUCACAUAUUGUGUCAAAACUUUUGCAAACAGACUUGAAGAUAUUCACCAUCAAUAUGGCGACAUGCAGCAGUUCUUUCUUGUAUUGCAAAAGUGUAUCGCCUGGUACCAAAAAGUUCUUAUGUUUCUACCAAUGUCUCUUAGACGUAAGUUAAGAAGAAUCCGUAAAACAGCCGCAACAUAUACAGAUUCCUCUUCUGAAUCCAUUUCUUCCUUGUCGUCAGCUUCUUCCAGUCAAUGGAACAAUAAACUAAUCCCAAUUCCACAAAACUGGGCACACAUUGUCUCUAACAUUCACAGCCACUACCCCAGUCCGAAGAAAGAACACGUGAUGAUUUUAAAUGAAUUGGCACCUAAAGGCAUUGGAAGUGAAAUACAAGCAAAAUCUUCUCUUUUAUUCUUCAGGAUUCAAGUUUUAUUGAAGCUACUUCAAAAAUCCAUCUUUCGGGGUUAUGAAUUGAAUCUAGCUCUAAAGUGGAAGGUGGCUCUCAUGAAAGACAAAGAUGACAUUGUGAAUGAUGCUGCAUGGAGAAAAUCCUUGGAAUUUUCAGAAAAACAUCCUACAGUCAUUCCAAAGACAGAAAGCAGUCAAAACAAGAAACCUUCUGUUGAUACCCCAAUAAAUGGUGUAACAGAACCAGAGAUCUCUAAAACAGAAGUUAUAAAAUCAAAUAUUUCCAAAACAAAUGCCUUAGCACAAGAUGUCUCCAAAAUUGAUGUCAUAGCAUCAGAUAUCUCUCAGGAAAAUGUUUCGUCAUCAGCUUUACCCAAACCAGAAGUAAUUGUAUCUGAUAUAGUGAGCUCAGAUGUAAAGACGCAAAGAGAAAAGAGUUCCGGUGACCCUCCUGAUUAUAAAACAGCUGUGCAAACAAUGUAUCCCACAUCCGAUGGAGAUGAGGAAUAUUUUGUGUCUCUUUCUUUUUCUUCUGAAGUAGAUUCUUCUUCAUCAUCUCAAGACGAAGACACACCAGAUUUCUCUCCAAGAUUUAGUGAAAUUUUACCCCCUGUGAAACAAUUUCCAUUGCACCAGACACUAAAGGCAAAAUCUGUCAGACCAAAGUCAAGAACCAAAAAAUAUAAUGUUCUACCAAACAACUUAAAGAAAUCUAAAAACUUUGCUUCAAUGCCAUCUUCUUUAGCCAAUAGUUUCGAUACAAACAACGAAUCACUCCACAGUGCUGAUUCCGCAUCAAAUCUCUGUUAUUCUUCAAACAGUUCUAUUAAAAAGCAAAUAUUCCAUGAUGCGAUUGUGAAACAAAUUCGGGAAGUGACUUUGAGUAACAUACCUUCAGAUUCGAAAAUAGACAUUGUUUCCAGUCUUUUGAACAAACAUCAACCAAAUAGUAGCAGUAUGAGUAGCAGCAGCAGUCAUAGAAGUCGCAAUACGUGGCAUCAGAAUAUUUUGAGCAGUGAUAUUAGCAGUGAUGAAGAUUGUAACUUAAACGGAAGCAAACCAUCUCCCAAUAUGACCCUUCACUACAGAUCCUUACCUAGAUUUUACCAAAACCCAUCCAAUUCCAAUAUGUUAUCUUCUGUUACUGGCAACAGAGCAAAAACUAAAAGAAUGAAAUCUCCAAAGACCAGAUUAAUUAAUGAUGGAAAUAUUAUCUUAAGGAAGCAAUAUUCUAAAUCACUAAUGAAUCUACAAAGUAAUAACGAUGUUGACCUGACUGAUGAUACAGCUCCACUUCCACAGAACCGUAACACCGAAACCAGUUUAAAUGACAUAGAAGAACAAUUAAACCAAGUUACACUACAAGAAACCUUUGCAGCAAAAUCUUGUGACUUUCCUGGAAAUGAGAGACAAUCGUUACUUACAUCAUCUCAUAGAUACAACAGUGAUUACAUUAAUCAGUGGAUUAAUUGCAGUUGUAGCCCAACCAGUACUGAUCUUACUGGUGACUUGGCACCGUCUAAUUCACUCUCUGACACUGGAUAUACAUCAAACAGGAACAAGAACAACUUCUUAAUUCUGAAUUAGAAACAGAAAUUGAUCAAGAUUUUGAACCGGAUGAAUUGUUGAGUCAGCAAAGUGAUUCUGCUUCUGUUGCUAAAAGUGAAAGCCAAGAUUUUGACAAUUUCAUUUGAUAUUCAAACUUGGCUUUUGUUGAAUUAAUUUGACAAUUGCCACAUUGCAGAUGGCAUUUCUAGCAAUUUGAAAACCUUAAUGAACCUGACCAGUUUACUACAGAGCAGACUCAGCUGAAAACAAGCUCAUUCUUUCAAAGAAUUAGAAAACAAGAACAACUGAUAACAGACUGUAAUGACCUCAUUUCAGGUGACAUUUUAGCAUUACAUCAUUCUGUCACCUGUCUGUCUUUUUGACCAAUGAAACACCAGUGUUCUAUCAGCAAUUUUUGCUAUUUAAAUAGAACCUGAAUCAUUUUCUCCCUCUUCCCAUUUAUCCUUGGAAGCAACCAUACAACCAUAUGAUAGCUAUUUUACUCUCCACCCUCUAUCUUGUUCCCCCUAUUCUUAUCACUUUGUCAGUUAUUAGCUCCUUGUUUUGUCUCCACAGAACAGAAUUGGCUAUCUCAAAUCCCAAGAGGCAUUGUGGCUGAAUGAGAAAUCAUUUUCUGAACAGUUAAUUUCCACCAAUUUGAAAAGACUUACAUUAUCUACAUUUUUCUCUCAACUGCUGCCCAUUAUCUACUUGUACACAUUGACCUUAUAAACAAGAAAAUAUGUUCAAAUGCUUACUACAGCACAAAUUAGCCAAUUGACUUUAAAAAAACAUGAACGUAUAUAUAUAUAUGUACAUUUUCUAUUACAUAUUUUUUAUAACAUAAAUUACAUAAUUGACUUCUGUAUGUAUAAAAUCACAACAGAUUAUACACACCUAACCUUUUAUUGAUAUAAUGUAGCCAAAAUUGUUAUUUUGCAGUGUAUUAAUUUUGUAGUUUUUAAACUUGUACUCACAAACUAUAUGUAGUCUACUAUUGAAUUAUUGUACCAACAAGAUCAGAAGGGGUUUAUUUUUUUGUUGGUGAGUAGGAAAUAAAAGAAAGAUUAAACAUAA